AAGUCAGUCGCUCCAGAAGGAUGUCGCUUUGAAGAAGCGCGAGUGGAUUUUACCCGAGAAGAUACGCUCAGCUGAGGCUGUGAGGAUUCGGCAAGCUCGAGCAGCCCAUCGGGGGGAACGCACGGUGGGAGUUUGGUGGUGGCCGAGGAGUCAGCUCAGAGCAAUGCCUGCCAUGCCAUCAGUCAUCGAUGCACCUUGUCACAGGAAACGCUGGCAGGUGCUUGUAUGGGUUGUCAUGUCUCUGCUGCCCCUAGUGGCAGGAGGCAGGUCACGUUUUCAAGCAGAAUCCGAAGCUGCGGUAGGAUUUGCCGGGAUGGAGGAGCUGCCGCUAGAGACUUUUCCAGACGCUGAGGAAGAGCUCGAGGAGGGCAGUGACUCCCCAUGGCAUGGUUUGUUUGAGCCAUCUGUGCUCGUCGAGGAUGACCAACAGCCAGCGAAAUGGGAGCGCUCCCCCCGCUCACCGGACUCUUCUGACAUACAGACCAAAGGUGCGCGCAAGAAAAAGAAGAAAAAAGAGAAAGAUGAAAGGAAAAAGAAAGAGAAGAGCAGCAGGGGUAGGCAUAGCAGCCGGGACUGUCGUGUAGAGAAACGUGAGAUGCGCGUACGGGACUUGGGCAUGGGCUUUGACUCAGACGAGAUUGUCCUUUUUAAGUUCUGCGUCGGUUCCUGCCAGAGGUCUCGUGGGAACUAUGACUUGGCUCUGCGCGCUCUGCUGGCCAACGGUAGUCUGCCCAAGCGCACCGCCAGGAAGGUUAGCGUGCACCCCUGCUGCCGGCCCACGGGCUAUGAACCCGUCUCCUUUAUGGAUGCUACCACAACCUGGAGAACCAUCAAGUCCCUCUCCGCAGCAGAUUGUGAGUGCGUGGGAUGAGGAGAGCUGAAUGAGGGGGAAGGGGAGCGUGACCAGAAGAAACGGUGCAAAGAGAGGAAAGGAGGAAUCGGGAAGCCUCCUAGACCAUGGCUACAGAACGAGUUGGCCAUGGUGAAGCGCUGUGAGGGAAUUUGGUUUGGCUGUAAGUGAUUCACAACAGCAGCCAAUGCAUGCAAAGUUUCAUCACACCAAACCUCGACAGAAAAGCUUGAAUGAGGUUAGAAUACGAUUUGACCAAGUCCGAGACCAAGAGAUGAUGAGAGACUCGUUGGGCUCUAUAUGGAGAGAGUUUGAGGAUGGAAGAACAGCAACUUUGGAUCGUUCAUCUGAAUGGCUCUAUAAACAAAAACUACAUGUUAUAACUCGACGAGCAUUUGCUUACCAGGAGUUUCAUCAGACUUGGAUACAGCACGAAACCCUGUUUCAUUUGUCAGACUCAUUUGUUGAUCCUGGAUGUCAGUGCCCAUUUUCCUGGCCUUCAGUCUGGCAUGUAAUAUUUCAGCCAGAUUAGCAACAUUUGGAUCAUUCAUUAUUAACAGCACAUUAUUGUUGUAAUUACAAUGUAAUUGCACAAACAUAUGUGGAGUAUUAUUAAAAGUUUAGCCCGAUAGAAAACACGCAGGCCAGUUAGUAUUACUCUUUCAGCUGGAAGCGCUGACGGUUGAUUGUAUUUGCAGUCGGUUUUUCAUUUCUCAGGAUUUUUACAGGAAUGAUAAGAGCUAUUUUUCUAUCUUACAUUUUAAUCCUUUUUAAUACCAUAAAUAAAGUAGGAGGUAUUAAAGGGUUCACGUUUCACGAAGCCAGUUUUUUAUAUAGUAAGUUGAUGAAAGACAUAGUAAAGUCAAUAAAACCUAUAAAGAUGAAUAUCUGAUACUUAAACACAGGGGCUGUAUAGCCCAAUAGUACAAUAAAACAAUUUUUGGGUUUUUUUAUGCUGGUACAAAGUAUAUAAUAUAUAAAAUAUUAUCAUAAACAUACAUUAGGUAAGCAUGACAUUGGUCUAAAUUGCCAAACCAGUUGAAAUGGAUUUAGCUACAUACCAAACUAAAGGCCAGUCUUUAACUCAUCUUGCUUGACAUUUUAGCAUUUAUAUAUUGAUUUAGUUGCACCGUAGUUAUUUGGCCCAUUCUAGAUAUCAACAACAGGAAAUUAGCAUAAUGUGAUGUCUACCAGACUGUGUUUUAGCAGAGCUAUUAGCGUUCUCUCUUCUCAACACAGAUGAUGACCACAAUGCAUUUGCCAUUGUUUAUUUUACUGUUACCAAAUGGAUGCCAUGCAUCCCUUAACAUUUACUGUACACUUAACAGAUAUCAUAUUUAUUUUUUCAUUUAAGUUAUUUAUUUAUUACCGUGUCUACACAUGUGUCUUGUGGAUGUUUAUAUUUAUUGUUUAUACCUUGGCCUGUGUUCUUCAAUCUUCAAUCCACGAUGUACCAGCGUGGAUAACAACAAGGCUUUGAAGAAGGUCAGCUGCAAAAUAUCACAGUUACAGAAAAACUCAGCUAUUUAACCCAAAGGUUUUCAGGAAGUAAGAAGGACUUGUAGAUAACUUUGUCGUGAUCCGACAAGAGAUUUCAUUGGGUGCUUUUCUGAGUCAUUCAAGGGAUAUAAAACUCUCAGAGCACUUACUGGGAAGUCUCAGAUUCAAUUUAUGAAAAGGAAAUUAAAAUAGUUUUCUUCCAAAACACUAAGGAUGAGGGGGAGACGGAUUGUGCUCUGGCUAGUCCAUCUGUCUGGCCAAUCUGCUGACCUUAAGACUCCUGACGUUUCGAUAUUAAAAGCUGCUCCGAAAUGACAUCUAAAAAUAUUGUUUUAUAAAGCUGACAACAAUAAAUUGCUUUGCUUCAGUAUUUUACGUUUUAUUUAUCAGUUAUAAUUGUUGUUGUUGUUGGCAAAGUUACUCUUUAUUUUUGUACCUCAUAUUUUCUGUAUAGGAAUAAAGCUGUUUAUACAUAAUGUGAA